UCGGAACCGAACCCCUUCCAAACGUUCCCAUUGGCUGGAUCAACAAUUGACCGGGAAAAUUUCAAAAAUUAUUAGCACUAUCUGCAGUACAUAUCAAAAUUUACUGAGGAAAGAAUUUUUGGUGAGAGCCAAUCAUCCCUAAAAGCCAAAAAAAAACAAUUUAUACAUAGUUGAACUUUCUUUUCAAAUAGUCCCAUCUAUACAUACCACCCCCCAUCGCUAUGUUCAGACAAUUAACCAGAUCGGCUGUGUCCGCUCCAAGAUUCACCAGAUCAUACAUUGCUGGUCAAUUCACCGGCCAAAAGGGUCCAAACGGUAAGUACACCGUUACUUUGAUCGAAGGUGACGGGAUUGGUGUUGAAAUCUCUCAAGCCGUCAAGGACAUCUACUCUGCUGCCAACGUUCCAAUCGACUGGGAACCUGUUGAUGUCACCCCAUUGUUGAUUGACGGUAAGACCACCUUGCCUCAACCAGCCGUUGAUUCCGUCAACAAGAACUUGGUUGCCUUGAAAGGUCCUCUUGCUACCCCAGUUGGUAAGGGUCACACUUCCAUGAACUUGACCUUGAGAAGAACCUUCAACUUGUUCGCCAACGUCCGUCCAUGUAAGUCCAUCGUUGGUUACGAAACCCCAUACCACAACGUUGACACUGUCUUGAUCAGAGAAAACACCGAAGGUGAAUACUCCGGUAUUGAACACACCAUUGUCCCAGGUGUUGUUCAAUCCAUCAAGUUGAUCACCAGACCAGCCUCCGAAAAGGUCAUCAGAUAUGCCUUUGAAUACGCCAAGACCAUCAACAAGCCUCACGUUUUGGUUGUCCACAAGGCCUCCAUCAUGAAGCUUUCCGAUGGUUUGUUUGUUCAAACCGCCAAGGAUGUCGCUAAGGAAUACCCAGAUGUCUCCUUGGACUUUGAAUUGUUGGACAACACCUCUUUGAAGUUGACUGCCGACCCUAACGACUACAAGAACGUUGUUAUGGUCAUGCCUAACCUUUACGGUGAUAUCAUGUCCGAUUUGUCCUCUGGUUUGAUUGGUGGUCUUGGUUUGACCCCAUCCGGUAACAUGGGUAACAAGGUUUCCAUUUUCGAAGCCGUCCACGGUUCCGCCCCAGACAUUGCCGGUAAGGGUUUGGCCAACCCAACCGCCCUUUUGUUGUCUUCCUGUAUGAUGUUGAGACACAUGUCCUUGUUCGAAGACGCCGACAAGAUCGAAAACGCCGUCUUGAAGACCAUUGCCUCCGGUCCAGAAAACAGAACCGGUGACUUGAAGGGUAGUGCCAGCACCAAGCACUUCACUGAACAAGUUAUUGCCAACUUGUAGGUAGUAUAGAGAAUAAAUAGCCUAACGAAGGACCUGUAAGAUAUAUUCACUAGGAG